GCGCGCAGCAGCAACAUAUAUUCUGCACCACACGCGGGUGACAACGAAGACGCUUGUUCCUUUUCCGUCGUACAUUCUGCAUCAGCGUGUUCUUGAUUUGGAAGAUGAAAACCUCCUCCCCUCUUGCUUUGCAGCCUAACAUGGGUAAAAAGCAGAAUGGCAAAGGGAAGAAGGAGGUGCUGGAGGCAGAGCCGCCAGAGGAGUAUGUUGUGGAGAAGGUGAUGGACCAGCGCAUCGUCAACGGGAAGGUGGAAUUUUUCCUCAAGUGGAAAGGAUUUACAGAAGCGGAUAACACUUGGGAGCCAGAGGAUAACCUGGAUUGUCCUGAGCUGAUUUCAGCCUUCCUGGAAGCCCAGAAGAACGUGGUGGAGAAGCCUGACUCCAACAAGAGGAAGUCCUCAACAGAUGAGCCAGAGACGGAGGAAAGCAAAGCCAAGAAGAAGAAGGAUGUGAGUGACAAGCCACGGGGCUUUGCCAGGAGCCUGGACCCAGAGAGGAUCAUUGGUGCAACCGACAGCAGUGGAGAACUUAUGUUCUUGAUGAAGUGGAAAGACUCAGACGAGGCGGACCUGGUCCCGGCCCGCGAGGCCAACACCCGCUGCCCUCAGGUGGUCAUCUCCUUCUAUGAGGAGAGGCUGACCUGGCACUCCUGUCCUGAGGAUGAGGCGCAAUAGCACCCCUUCCUCACCCAGCUGAUGUCCCCUGUGUGCCCCCCUGACCUUCGACCUCUAUCCUGUCCCUGAUCCUGCCUCUCAGGACUGUUCUCCAUGUCUCCUCUCGCCCCAUGUACUUUUUUGACAUUUACAAUAUGUUUAGCCAUAGUGUUAGUGCAGAGCAGUCGGGUGGAAGCCUGUGCUUUAGUACAUACUUUAGUGAUAGGACAACAUUGUUUACUGGGAAAGGGACUGAGGAGGAUGCAGAGAAAUGGGUAGGAUGUAGAAAUAAUGGGAUGGGCGAUUUGUCGCUUUUCAUGGACCUGUUCCUCAAA